CUCUGUGGAUUUCACAUGUGACUAAGACUCUGAUCUGGGUCAAAGUGCAGUCUGAAUGAAAACAUCUGCAGGGAACAUCUAAACCCUGUAAGCUGAUCUCGCAUGAAGAGCAGGAAGCCAGUCGGAAAAGGGAAAGAUGCAGUACGAUUAUGGAAAAAACAAGACAGAGCACCCUGAUCCUGUCAAGGCAAAAGUAAAAGGCUCUCUUCCUGAGUGGCUUCAAGGCACCCUUGUGCGAAAUGGCCCAGGUCUCUUUUCAUUUGGAGAGACUUCUUAUAAUCACUGGUUUGAUGGAAUGGCGCUCUUGCACAGUUUCACAAUCAGCCGUGGAGAGGUUACAUACCGCAGCAAAUAUCUCAAAAGUGACACUUACAACAGCAACAUGGAAGCCAAUAGAAUCAUAGUUUCAGAAAUGGGAACCAUGGCCUAUCCACAUCCAUCCAAAAACAUGAUCACCAAAGUUAUCAGCUUUUUUAACCACACUGUACCAGAUUUCACAGAUAACUGCGCUGGAAACAUAAUAAAAUAUGGAUCUGAUUAUUAUGCCACUUCUGAAACCAAUUAUAUUCGCAAAAUUGACCCAAUGACCUUGGAGACUCAGGAUAAGGUGGACUACAGGAAAUACAUCCCUGUCACCCUUGUUAUAUCUCAUCCACACUAUGAUAAAGAAGGAAACACCUAUAACAUGGGAACAUCAAUUGCAGACAAAGGCAAGACGAAAUAUAUUAUAUUUAAGGUCCCUGCAGUGGAACUUGGCAAAACACAAGCUGGCUUUGAUUGGACUCCAGCCUUGAAAAAUGCUGAGAUCUUGGCAACGCUUCCUUGCCGCUCCCUCCUCAACCCAAGUUAUUAUCACAGCUUUGGCAUGACGGAGAACUAUUUCAUCUUUACCGAACAACCCUUAAAGCUAGACAUAGUCAAAAUGGCUACUGCUUACAUGAGGGGGGUGAGCUGGGCUAGCUGCAUGAAGUUCCAGCAGGAGGAUGUCCUAAUUCACCUCAUUGACCGUCGCACAAGGAAAGAAGUUGACCUAAAAUAUUACACCAACACAAUGGUGGUGUACCAUCACGUCAAUGCUUUUGAAGAGGACGGGCAUGUGAUAUUGGACGUGAUUGCUUAUGAUGACAACAGGCUAUUUGAAAUGUUCUACCUGGACAAUCUGAAAAAACAAUCUGCGAGCAGUACUACUGUCACGCCGCAAUACAAACGGUUCGUGCUUCCACUUUCUGACAAGUGCACUGAGAUGGGAGAAAACCUGGUCAAGUUGAAAAACACAACAGCGACCACCGUGAAAGGAGAAGACGGAAGAUUACUCUGCCAGCCAGAGGUUAUUACUGAAGGCACUGAAGUUCCAAGGAUCAAUUACAACUACAAUGGACAGAAGCACAGAUAUGCAUAUGUGACAGAGACGAAGAAUGUAUCAUCCUCAAAGGUCAUCAAGUUUGAUGUUGAAACAAAGCUGAAGGUUGAAUGGAGCGCAGAGAACUGCUUGCCUAUGGAGCCUGUGUUUGUUCCCAGACCUGAUGCGAUUGAAGAGGACGAUGGUGUAGUCCUAACUACGGUCAUAAACAGUAAUCAAGGUGAAGCUGACUUUCUUCUGGUGCUUGAUGGAAAGUCGUUCCAAGAACUGGCACGGGCUAGCGUGAACGCAGAACUGCACAUAGACAUGCAUGGCUUCUUUAUACCACAACAUGAUGCUGGAGCUCUACCUACUGGCGCCGCAGCUAAAGAAUCUUUAACUCGAUGCUGAAUUUGCACUUUGGACUAGAUUGUGAAAAAAUAACUAAAACUAAAAUCCAAAGUGGACAUGUUACAAUAUGACAUGUACUGUAUAUUACAACUGUGGUGUGAGUGAGCUUUUUUGGCAUUAAAAAAAUGUAUGGCAUUAUUAAAUACCGUAUAUUGUAUUCCUCUUUAUUUGUAGGUCACUUUAGA